GAUAACUUUAUAUGAUAGGAUGGGAAACCUUACACCUGCCACAGGGUGUGCAUGUACAGUGUAGCUUCUGAAUUUAAUUGGAAUUACCAACUGCAAAAGGAAUUAUGGUUGGAAAGCUCUCUGCAUUCAUUCAUCCUGAACCAUGGCGAUAUGAAGGGCAACUUGGGACAUUGAGCACAGGAUGGAAAAAUCAAAAUUUGUGAGUGAUAGGUGAUAGAAUGAACGAGGAUGUAAGAAUAACUGACUUGCCAGCACUGACUCACACCAAGCUACACAUAGGACACAGCUUCGUUUGGACACAUAUCUUUCCUGAAAGCACGCAGGUCCCUAGGACUCGGAGUAAGCAUGCGACGUGCCACCACAAUGGCUCUAUCUACCUGUACGGUGGAGUGUGCGGGAACGUAUCCCUCAAGGACAUGUGGAGGUUUGAACCCAGUACGAGCCUCUGGACCAAGCUAGAGUGCUGCGGGGAUACCCCUCCCCUACUCCAGGACCAUACCAUGGUGGGCUACAAGGAGUCCAUCUUCAUCUUCGGUGGACUGUGUGGUUUCGACAACCCGGGAGAAACAUCUCUCUGGAUCCUCGACCUCGCCAUGUUCACCUGGCAGAAGCAGGUCAUCACCUCGGAGGUCACGACCCCUACCAGUCGCAGGGGUCAUUCGGUGGUAUGUCACAACGGUGGAAUGCACCUGUUUGGAGGCCAUCUGGACCUCAAAGGAUCCUGUAAUGAAAUGUGGACUUUGGAUUUUGAAUCUCUAUAUUGGCAUACCACGGUCUACAGUUCGCAGGAUUCCUGUCCCCCUCCGAGACACGGCCACUCCGCAGUCAUCCACGAUAACUCCAUGUUUAUCUACGGCGGCAGCAAGAAUCUCCAGCCGCUCCAAGACAUGUGGAAAUGGGACUUUGGAAGUGGUCAUUGGUCCAAGGUACGGUACUGGCAAGGUCCACCGGCACUUCACGGUCACUCGGCCCUCUGCCUUGGAGACUCUAUGCUUAUCUAUGGAGGGGAAGACAAGGACGGAGUGCUCAGGAGUGACCUGUGGAUAUUCAGCUUCAGUUCUGAGAGUUGGACAAAGGUGCCCUACAAGGGUAGCAUCGUGCCUUCACCAACCAUGCACCAAACCUUAGAGAUGGACAUCCCACAGUCGAACUCCCUCUUUCCACCCCAAGAUGAGCGCUCCCUCUCCGCCCCUUUCCUCCAGCGACCCAGUAUGUCGUCGCUCCACGUCAGACCCCACCCAAGACCGCAUUCAUCUCCUGCUUACUCCAAGGGUAGCGUGAAAGAGAGGGCCUUCAGGAACAAGGUGCACCCCAACAAUGGACACGUUGCAUCCAGCGAUGUGGGUUGCUCUAGGGAUACUGUUUCUGCGACGAGCAGCAAUGCAGAUGACGGUGUUCGUGGUGAUGACGGUAGUCCAGAGGAUGGUGUGGAUGAGGAGGAAGAUAUCUACAGCUCAAGGAUUUUCAUACCUGUCGAUGAGCUCACCAGCUCUAGCAGGGAGAACCUGCUGGAGGAUGUAGCAAGUCAGAGAUCCGAUAUGGGCACAAGGACGUUCAGGAAAAGAAGAGUGAGACCAGUUGGGACAGAUGCUCUGGCUGCCCUGGAUGGAGAAGGGAAUCUUGAGGCAAUCUCUGGAGAUGUCCUGCUGACAGACCUUGAUCUGGUGAAUCACAAUAAGAUCAUAGUCUCUCCUGGUACUGUUCCCAGCAUACCUAGAGUCAGCAUAGAGGACUAUGACAAACCUGAAAAUCCUAAAACAUUGAUUAACAGGUCGCAUGGGUUUGGGAAUGGGAUAUCCGUCGGGAAUACUCGGUGCAAUAAUCUGGAGAAGUUCAAUAAGAGGCCGCAAGUUAUCCAGGUGCUGCCAAAGUCCAAAUCGGAUGAAAUCCCUUUGUUGAGCUGUUCCAUCGAUGACAUGAACUUGAAAAACAAGUGGCAGUCGUGUGAGCAGUUUGCUUUUGUCAAUGAUGGUUUCACUUGUGGUGAUGACGUAUCGAAGCCUCGUCUGCGAUCAAACAGUUUAACGGAGCAGAAAUUGGUCAUCGAGAGCAUGCUUGGUGAGCGCCAUCUUUCUCUCAAUGAUUUGCCGAACAUGGCCUCACUGAUCAUGCGGCAACAUGACAGAACUUCUACCAACCGAACUCAACGGUAUCAUAAAGAACCUACCAAGCCGAGCGGAAAACGUCCUGUGCUGAAGAAACGUUCUCAAACCGACCAUUCCCUCUAUGCCAAAACUAUACAACAGAGCAAUGAACAAUUCAGUGCGGAUGGUUCCAGUAGUAAAGGGCGCCAUCAUGUUCCGGUACCUGUACAUCUCUAUGUGUUUGGUGGUCAGGAACCUAACGUGAGCAGUGUCCACAAGUACCAGACCAGGUUGCCUGUCUUUAGAUGCACCAUUGUACCAGGAAAGCUGUCACCCAGUGAGAUCCAGGCUCUUCUUCACUGACAGUGACUACAUGACCUUGGACCUCCUAAAUUGAUAUUGGUAGCAAUGAUGGUGUAUGAGGGAUGAUUGAGCCAUUGGAAGCUUGCGUUGUCAAGGGGUCAAUUUCGUGGAGCAGCGGCACUUCUACCCUUUAACAGGGUUUACAUAAAGGCGUGUCAUUUAUAUGAGAAAAUGAAUGUCCAUUUACAAAGCGAUUUGAAUUUUAUUCUGUUUCUUUGAUGGGAACAUAUUUGGAGAGGGCCAGGUAUCCACAACUUAAGACUUGAAGAAGACCAUAACAUGGGAUACCUUUCCCCUGCUUGUGGUGAUCAUAAUCAGCCAAAUAUUCUGAGACAGGCAAAAUUUCUAAAAAGCUGCAGGCAAGUGAGCAAAUUUUGUAAACUCAGUGGAAAAAAUCUGAUUUUUUAAUGGAAUUUGACAAAAUGCUUCUAAUUUGAUAUCGUAUUUCCUCCCUUUGACGUUUUCCUUUUCCCCUUUUUUUCUUGGUCGUGAAAAUUUUUCAGACUCCCACCCCCUGUCUUUAUACCAGUACCAGUGCCUACUAGUAUACAAUACACUACAAGACUUGGAAUCCAGAUUGCUUGCAUUGGUCGUGAUUAGUUCAGAUUGACUCAAGCUGUUUAAUAGUGUGCUUGAAAUCUGGAUAUGAAUAGUACAGUGUUGGUAAACAUGUCUAUUGAAGUUUCAAGAAUUGACCUUUUACAGUGAAAGUGGGUGAAAAUUUUUGUUUGUAGUUAUUGCAUAAAAAGGUCAGGCAACUUAAAAAGAAGGACAUUUCCGAGUGGUCAAUCACCAACUUGCAACAUGCCUUGAAGGUGAGCAUUACCAUUUCGCAUUUGAUUACAACUCGCUUCGUUAGUGUGCUUAGUUCCAGAGAGUAUCAUGAGGAAAAACCUUCAUCUAUCACUUAAUGGAUCACACAGAGCAAUACCUGGAAAAAGUUCUUUUUGUAAAGCUCUCUGUAUACCACAUGAUAUAUAGAAUGAUGAUUGGUUUUACCAAACCACUAUAGAAGCAAUGGUAUGCUGACUUGCGUGUUCAAGAAAAGAUUUCAAUGUACCGAUGGCUUUUGAAUCCUCUCCAAGGGACCAUUCAGUGAAGAGCAAUGUUUUCACAGCUGGAUCUGACCCUGGGUCAUGGGAUGACGGGAGGAGUUAUUUUGAUAGCGAGAUGGUUGAUUUACAAGUGACAUGAUUUCUUUUUUCAAUAAGAGAAGUAUUAGAAUAUAUAUACGUAUGCAGAUUUACGUCUCAGCCCCGUAAUUUUCUUUCUCUUCCUUUUUUUCCCUAUAUUAGAUUUGUGUGUUCCCUUAAGGGGGUACUUUUUUUUUAUAAGGGUGGCAGUUACACCCCCCCUGGAAGAUUUCAAGAUCACUAUCUUACUACUAGACGGUCAUACCUCAUUUCCCAUUCCAGCGAUCUGAUUUGUAUUGAAAUUAGAGUUGCAGUUGUUGUGUGAGUGCCACAGAGGUAUUAGCUGAGUGCCUUUCAACUAUUGAGCUGAUGAUAUCAUUGCCUUGCUGGCAGAAGGGCAGUAGUUGUGUUGCAUGGCUAUUUUCAGUUCCUGUGCAGCUGGCAUAAGGUCGUUAGCUCCAGUGCACGCUUUUCAAAAUGUUCAGUGCGUAAGAGAGUUGACCCUUCCUCCCUUUCCAACAAGAGUGGGACUUGACGUACAUGUUAAUAGACCAGUUCGUAGUUACUUCAUGGACAAUUUUGGUCAAAUGACCUUUCAUUUCUUUCAUUAUGAUAGGCAGAUUUCAAAGCAAGAUAUUACGUAAGCUUGCCUUACAUAGCAGGAUGAAGAAAUUGAAUAGAUCAGGUGACUACAAUAGCACACCAACAACACUUUAUGAAGGUAUUUGUUGCAUUCCUACUUUGAAUGCAUAUCGUAGCAUGUUGCACAAUGUACUUGGUAAACUGUGGAAUACCAGUCGUUCGUGGACGCAUUGUUGUUUCAUGUGGAUGGAAAUGAAAACCACAAUUUAAUAGAAUAUAUGAAUAAUCAAGACAUCAAAGUUGGUGCUUAUCUCAUUAGAUUUUAAACCACCAUGUCACUUUAGUACAAAUGACCUUCCUCUGAUCAUGCGUAGAAUCUUUUGAUCAUGCGCAGAAAGGAACUACGAACUGGCUUAUUGUAACGUCUUUCUGCCAGCCAAGUGAUGGUGUGCUCUUUUAAUAAUUUUUCAUAAAGAAUGGGUUCUCAAUAUAUAUAUAUGUACAUGUGUACACUGCUACUUGAUGUGAAAUGAAUAGAAGUAAAGAUCAAUGAUCCAUUGGUCAAGGUUGUCUAUCUGAUGCCACAUUUUUGAUAAAUCAUUAGUGUUCAACUUCUUCUAGCAAAUAUUGUAUGUGUGUGAUGAAGAGAGUAGGAUAUUUGGAUGUAGUGUGUGUCAUCAUGAAAACUGAUGUGUGAUGCGUACAUUGUACACAAAGAAAGUACGUUUGAAGAUAGAGUGUCACAAAAACUCUGGACAGGGCUACAUGCAGGUUUGGUAAAGAAUUGAAAAUGGCAUGUACUUGAUGUUGACCAAUACUGUCAUAUAUUCCUGGGAAUUCAGAUGUCAGUCUUCAGGCUCUGUAAAUGUAUAUUCCUGGGAAUUGAGAUGUCAGUCUUCAGACUCUGUAAAUGUAUAAUUUCAGGCUUUAUAUUGUACAGCACAUAUAUAUGGCUGUAAUAUGUUCUGGCUUCUUUUCAAGCCCAGCGAAUAUCAUCCCUGGUGAAUGCUUGGAGUCAUCUUAAAUGUGUGCUAUUGCAACAGUUUUUCUGUUGGAUAUUUUAAACCGUCAUUUCAUUCUUUCCCACCCUCAUUCGCUGUUUGUAUCAGUGAAUCAAUUGUUGCAUUCUUUUUUUUUUUUCUUGUUGAAAUCACCUUGACUUCAGGAAGAUCAACUCAUCGAAUGGUAUUUAGAUGUGCUUUAUGCAAAUGAUAUUGUAUGUAUAUAUUUGAAAUUCUAUCACAAUCUGUGCAUUAUAUUGAUUGUACAUGUGCAUUGUAAUUAGUAUAGAAAUAAGUCACAUGAUAUCAUUGAAGGCAUUAGUAAGAAUUACAUGUACAAGGAUCAGAUGCUUUUCAAACAGUUCUAACAUACCGUACCUAAGACUUAAGCCAGGCACACACUAUGCGAUUCAUUGCGAUCCAAAUUUCAAAGAAAUAGCAAUAACAUUUGAUCUAAACAUUCCAACCAAUAAAGUCUUAGCGAUCAGAAUUGUGAUAGGACUACUGAU